GGAAAUCGCUACGCGACACAUACACGCGAAUAGCACGAUGCUCCAAGCUGACUACAGGUACAAAAUUUUUAAAAACGAAAUAUAAAUAUGGUGAUGAGCUAUCAUUUUUGCGUGGGAUCAAGGAGGGCAGAAAGUACUACAGCAGCGAUGACGAUACUUUCCAAAACGAUGAGACAAACAAUGACGAUGAAGAUGUCUGGGGACCUUUACCAUCACCAAAAAUGGAUGAAGACUCCCAAUCGAGCUUUUGCGCGCCAUCAAAUGAAGCCACCAGAGCUAUUGAAAUUGAGGAAAAUGUUAAACCGGCUUUCACAGAAGUUAUACAAAAAUGUAGCGAUAGCGCCGUCGAAGCGCGCGGCUUUGAUCCGCUAGGAGCGAAAAAUUCGACUGUAAUGGUAUUUGAAAGUUUGGCGCAUAAAAUUUUGACAGCUGGUUUGUCAGAAAAUGAUGUGGAUGCCAUUGAACUUAAGGUGGCAUCGAUUGUUUAUGAAGAAAUCGCAAAUCGCCGCCAAAAGAGGCAAAGUAAAACCAAAUAAUGACAACAACAACAAUAGUGAUAAUAAGUUAAAUACAUAUGUACAUACAUAUGUAUAUUUCUAUGU